CUCUCGCACCGCCGUGUCUUCCUUCUCGGAGAUGUGACAGACGACUCGGCCAACGCGCUGAUCAAGCGUCUGCUGUGGCUCGAGGCGGCCUCGCCGGGCGAGCCGAUCGAGCUCGUGAUCAACUCGAGUGGCGGCUCUCUCUGGGCGGGUUUUGCGCUUUUUGACACACUCCGUGCUGUCUCGUCGCCCGUGCACACCGUCUGCCUCGGCCGCUGCCGCUCGAUGGCUGCCGUGCUUCUCGCCGCCGGAGAGCCCGGCCACCGCUACGCCGCAGCCUCGGCA